UCCAGGUCCCUGAUGCGAGCCUUGGCAUCCUGCACGGCUGCUUCCCCGCGCCUCUCUGCUUCGGUUACCUGGCCCUCAAGACAUGAAGAUUGCUUCGUUCAACGUCCAGAGGUUUGGGCUGACGAAAGUCUCAGAUCUAGAUGUUCUUUCAGUUCUGGUUAAGAUUGUGUCUCGAUACGAUAUCAUUUUGAUUCUGGAGGUGGUGGAUGUGAGCGGCAAUGCUGUCAAAGUGUUCUUGGAAGAACUGAACAGAGCCAACACAACCCAUCACUACACUCUGCAGCUCAGUGUCCGACUGGGAAGGAACAGAUACAAGGAGCAGUUUCUGUUUCUCUACAGGGAUGACGUGGUCAACCUGAUUGACUGCUAUCAAUAUGAAGACAACCAGGUGGAAGACAUGGAUGCUUUCGCAAGAGAGCCAUAUAUUCUGCACUUCAAACCGCACAAUACCGUGCUGAAGGACAUUGUGCUCAUCCCGGUCCACACCAGACCGUCGGACUCAGAGAAAGAGCUGGAUGAGCUGUAUGAGGUCUUCCUGGCUGUCAGAGACAAAUGGAAAACUGAUAACAUAAUGAUCCUGGGUGACUUCAACGCAGAUGGUGCAUACGUUACAAACAAAGAAAUGAAGGAGAUCCGUAUUCGCAGCAACAAGAAUUUCCACUGGCUGAUUGGUGAUGACGUCGACACCACUGCGAAAACAACAAAUGAGCACACCUAUGACAGGAUUGUCGUGUAUGGAGAAGACAUGCUGGCAGCCAUCGUGCCAAACUCAGCCAAACCAUUCAAUUUUCACCAAGAGUUUGAUAUGACAGAAGAAAUGGCCCUGAGAGUGAGCGACCACUACCCUGUUGAGGUAGAAUUGCGUAGCUCCCCUCCUCUCUGGAUGAGAAAGAGCUACCAAAGCAGUGUUGAUGCACCGCAAGCAUCUGUGAGCAGAGCUGUCACAGAGAAUCUGCAGGUUGAUGUGUUGAAACUGCAGAAGGAAAACCUCCUGCUGGAGCGAGAAAAACUUGAACUUCAGAUCGCCUUAUUGAAACAACGGCUUGUCAAACCCCAUUAGAAAAAAGAAGAUCAGACAUUUUCUUUCUAAGCUGUUUUUUUCUUUCCAUUUCAUCACUUUUGUUUGAUGUACAGUUUAUAUUAAAAGACAAAUA